GCGAAAAAUCACAUUUUCAAUAAUGGCGGCUGUUUUUGGUGUCCAUGUGGGUAACACCACUGCUUGUUUAGCUUGUUUUAAGGACGAGAAAUUGGAUGUUGUUGCCAACGAAGCCGGGUAUCGAGUCACGCCGGCUGUUGUUGCCUUUCACGAAAAUGAAAGAGUUACUGGACUUGAAGCCAAAGCAGGCGCUGCAAGAAAUCUCUCGUCGACCAUAACACACAACAAAUUCUACCUGCACAUUGAUCCAAGCAGUGAGGAGUUUGACAGCGUUUGUGAACGCAGCAAGGGAAAAGUUUCUGCCCGAAAUGGGCUGGUUAAAUACACCAUCCAGGAGGGUGAUAGAGAGAUCUCCAUCACUCCUGACGAGGUUGCAACAUGCAUCUACAAAAGCAUGCAGAGAAUUGCUGACACAGCUGAACGUUCCGUGGAAGCCCAUAAAGCUGUCCUCACAGUGCCUUUGAAACUGUCAACACCUCUGCUUGAAAGAACAAAAAAAGCUGCAGAGGCCGCUGGUAUUGAGGUUUUGCAGAUGAUUAGCGAGCCCUGCGCGGCUGCACUGGCUUAUCAAGUGGGCAUGCAGGAUCAAAGUCAAAAUUGCUUAUGCCUUGUGUUCCGUGUGGGUGGAGUCAGUUCCGACGCUACUAUUGUGAAGGCAGUUGGCGGUGCCUAUUCGAUAGAAAAUUAUGUCCACUGCCAAGACUUGGGUGGCGAUAAAUUAAACAGACUAUUAGCUGAAUUUGUGGCUGAUGAGUUUCAGAGAAAAUUUAAACUAGACCCUAGAGAGUCCAAGAGAUCAAUGGCCAAGUUAUUGUCGGCAGCUGAGAACUGGAAGCACAUUUUGUCCAACCUCAACUCUGCAGACUGCUUUGUGGAAUCUUUGCACGAAGGCAUCGACUAUCGAGUCAAUAUUUCCCGAGCAAGAUUCGAAAUGCUUGCUUCAUCCGAUCUGCAGGAGUUUCUGCAGCCCAUCCACUCAGUUUUCAAAUCUUCAGGAAUCAGUUCUAAAGAUAUUACCCAUGUAAUUUUGUGUGGAGGAACCUUGAAAAUCCCCAAAUUGCAGAAAAUGGUUUCUGAUGUGUUUGGAGAGGCAACGAUCCUCUCCGGUCUUGCCCCUGAUGAGGUACUAGCCAUUGGGGCUACUAGGCAAGCUAGCUAUCUUCCUCCUACCUGGGAUAGAGACUUUGACGAACAAUCAAUAACAGUUCAAGCAUCUUCUAAGGCAAUUUAUUUUAAGCCUUCCGAUGGAAAGUGGCAGUGCUUGAUACCAGCUUUGUCUCCCAUACCUUUCAUGAAGAAAUCGAAGCUUCAAGUACCAGAUGGAAGCACUGAACUUGUUGUGGAAAUUGCUGAGGAAGGAGCAGAAAAUGGACAACUCAGCAAAUUAGGUUCAGUCAGCUUGAAUGAAAUGAAGAGUGGGGCGUCUGUUUUAAUGGAAUUUAAGUGGACAAAUACUGGCCUUCAAGUAAGCUUAAGCGACGGACGAGAGAAACGUGGAGUUGCGGAGUUUCCAAUUAGCGAUUAGCUGGCUUUGUACAGUUUCUAAUAAUUAAAAUGCCAUUUGCAAACUUUUUAAUGACAAAUUAAUUACAUAUAUUCAAUUUUCUAUCAAAAAAUCCCUAAAAUAAAUUUUAGAUUAUUAAUUAAAAAAUUUAAGGCUUUUCGUAGUAAAAUAAAUAAGAAGUUUGAUGAGUGGCCCUCAUUUCGCGUUUCAGAGUGAAAAAUUCACGCUCCCAAGGACAAGUGAGCAGGAGCGCAAUUAGUGCAAAGAUUCUGUUUAUGGAGGGCGCGAGCGGAAUUGAGUGGAAUUUUGAGCUCUUUUGCUGCUCUUUUGGAAAUAUGAUUUUGAGCCUAUUAAUUUCCCUGCUUUUAUAAUUUUAUAGUAUAAUAUAUUCUGAUAUAUUCAUUUAAAAUUAUCUUUUAGAUUAAAAAUAUUGCCAUUUGGAAAUAAUUUGAUUUUUUCCUACACACUUAGAAGUUCGGGCAAAAAAAUUUCUUGUGCCACUUGAAAAAAUCUGAUGUGUUUUCUUUUUCGGAGAAUUACAUUG